UCUCCUCCAAUGCUCUGAGUUUACUGGAACACUCUCUGGAACACUGUAUCAGCCUGCCAUUCUGGUCCUCCCUCCUUUUUAAAGGGCAGAUGGCUACCAUAAAGAUUGGUGUUGUUGGUGCAGGCUUGAUUGGGCUGUCCACAGCUGUCUGCAUUUCAGAAUCCAUUCCAAAAUGCUCAGUUGCUGUUAUUGCGGAUAGAUUUACCCCUGAUACCACUAGUGAUGUGGCAGCUGGAAUGCUUAUUCCUCAUGCCUAUCCAGGCAUUCCAAUUUCCCGACAGAAGCAAUGGUUUAGAGAGACUUUUAACUACCUGUUGGCAAUCAGUAAUUCAUCAGAAGCUGCAGAUGCUGGCAUUCGUUUGAUAUCUGGGUGGCAGAUAUUUAGAAGUCUUCCCACUGAAGAGACGCCGUUCUGGGCAGAUAUUGUUUUGGGAUUUCACAAGAUGACCCAAGCUGAGCUGACAAAAUUUCCACAGCAUGUAUUUGGUCAGGGUUUCACGACCCUGAAGUGUGAUAGCCUCUUCUAUCUGCCUUGGCUGAUGAAAAGGUUGAAAGGAAAUGGAGGCCAAGUACACAUCAAGCGAAUAGAAAAUCUGUGGGAAUUAUGUGACACAUAUGAUAUUGUGGUCAACUGUUCAGGCAUUGGAAGCAGAGAACUCAUGAGUGAUUUAACAGUAUUCCCUAUUAGAGGUCAAGUACUCAAAGUGCAGGCCCCCUGGAUAAGUCAUUUUAUUCGAGAUGGGAAUGGGCUGACCUAUAUCUAUCCAGGAAUGCAUGAUGUAACACUAGGGGGAACCCGGCAGAAAGAUGACUGGAGGCUACACCCAGAUCCUGAAAAUAGCAAAGAUAUUCUUGCCAGAUGUUGUGUUCUUGAACCCUCACUUUGUAGAGUCUGGGGCAUAAAGGAGAGAGUUGGUUUGAGGCCAGGAAGGCCAGAACUGCGACUGCAGAGAGAGAUUCUGUCCCAAGAUGGACAGCAGCUGCCUGUGGUCCAUAAUUAUGGUCACAGUGGGGGUGGUUUUUCAGUGCACUGGGGCACCGCUAUUGAGGCUGCUCAGCUAGUGAGAGACUGCAUUGCUGAACUGAAUGGCCCCUCCAGCAAGGCCAAGCUCUAGAAUAAAUCAAUUUACCAAUAAUAUUUAUUGAGUGCUUAUUGUGUGCAGAGAACAAAGAUAAGCAUUUGGGAAGGAGCAACUGAAACAGAGGUGCAAUGGAAAUGAUUGUCAGCAACAUAGAUGGAAAAUGAGACUUGCAAAUAGACAUCAGAAGCAAAACAUUUUAGCCAGGAUAUAAAAUACCCCAACUUUAUUAAUAUCACAGUGAUCGAUAAGUCAAAUAACAGGACAACAGUACCUUGAGAAAGUGCAAUAUUAAGUUUUUCAGCAAUAAAUCCCUCUAGACUGUAAGUUCUUUGGGUCAAUGUCUGCCAACUCUGUUACACUGUACCCUCCUAAGUGCUUAGUACAGUGCUCUAUUCACAGUAAGUGCUCAAUAAAUGCAAAUGAUUGAUAAACUUGAUUUUAAAAAUAAAAUUCCAGUUUUUCUGGGCCAGUGUUUGCAGUAGCUUCCCACUGUAGUGACUGUCAUAAUUCUGCUGGAUUUGAAAUCAAUGAAAACCACUGAGUAAGUUAUAUUUGCUUGGCUCUGUCUUGCUUGCUUGCUGUCCCCCUCCUUGCCAUUCACCAGCCUGGGCACUCUCUCAGGGUUCAUCUACGGGGCUGCACGGCUCUUUGUCUGGAGAAGCAAAGGGUCAGGAAGGAGAGAGCAAGGAUUCUGGUGCCUGUGUGUGUGGGCACAGGUGUGUUCGCAGGUGGACAAGGGCACGAGUAUUCGUGUAAAUUUAUGGUUCACGGAUGUGUGUGUAUAAGUGGGUUCAUACAUGUUAGUAUGUACUAAUGGAUGUGUGUUUUUGCCAACCUAGUAGCUGGUUGGCAAAGGAAGAGUGUGUCCCUGUCCCAUGUCUUUCAGAUUGCCUGUUGUACUGUACUCUCCCAAGCACUUAAUACAGUGCUUUGCACACCAAAAAAGUGCUCAAUAAAUACCAUGGACUUAUUGAUGUGGACUGAUUCCAGGUCCUUUUCCCACAGAUAGUAAACUUUAUUGAAUCCCCAA